UGAUCUCCCGAGCCACUUUGUCUUGAUCCUCAUCGCACGUCUGCUUGCAACCGCGCUCUUAUUUAUCGUCAUCCCAAACAUGGAACCCUCCAAGACUCCGCACGGUUUUUGCCUCAAGUCUUCAUUCAGCAUCAGUAACUUGUUGUGGAAGAACCGGGAGACAUCCAGUCAUCAGGACCGGAGCGUACUGGUUGAUUCAGAACCAAUGAGGAAUGAUGAAGACGAGAAAAGUUGCCUUAAAGCCGACAAACCUCCAUUUAGUUACAACGCUCUUAUCAUGAUGGCCAUUCGCCAAAGUCCGGACCGACGUCUCACCUUGAGCGGCAUCUACGAGUUCAUCAUGCACAACUUUCCCUUCUACAGACACAACAAACGUGGUUGGCAAAACUCAAUACGGCACAACUUGAGUCUGAACAAAUGUUUCAUCAAAGUGGCGCGCCAUUACGACGAUCCGGGCAAAGGAAAUUACUGGAUGCUGGACUCGUGCAGUGAGGACGUCCUCAUCGGGAGCACCUCGGGGAAACUACGGCGUAGGAUCCCACUUGGUACCAGGACUGGUACCUCCUUUGCAUCCAGGAGAGCUGCGGUUCGGUUGAUGUCCACUAGCUCCUUUUACUGGCCGCCGGUACCACCCUUGAUGCCGCCUCCAUCAUCAGUGCGCAACUACCACUUGGAAACAGAACAUCACGUGAGUGCGCACACUCGCUUGUCUACGUCGCCUGUACACACAUCACGGGCAACUUAUGCAAGCCCCGGCGGUCUCACAAGCUUCGUGAAAGCGCACCAAGAGGAAUUUGAUUUUGGACUCUGCUCCGAGGUAAACGCUUGGCAACGAAAAUUCCCUACAUCCAUCCCAACAUGCACCUGUUGUCUCCAGGAUCAACGUUCUUUCGGCAUGAUCUCAGGACAAGCCAACUUCUUCAAAAUACCGUGUGGUGACUCGGAGUCAGCUAACAAGACGUUCCUCGGACAGUCUGUACCUAGUCACUCUGACCUGGGAAGAAGCUGGGAUGACCUUUGCUCCCUUCGUCUAGGAACAUAGUAGAUGCAGGAAACAGCCUGUGAGCAAGAGCAUUCGAUACAGUCGGAUAUAGAGUUUUAAAGCCAUCAGUAAUUCCCAAAACAAAUAUUUAAUGCUGUUUCCCUAUGACACAAAUUUGUUCAAUGACAUUUUUAUAAAUUUAUUGUCCCUCUUGACUCCACCUAGGUCCUAGCCUGUGUGUUUUUCUGCUAGAAUUAUUUUUAUUUUUAAAGGUUUUGAAUAGUUCUACAGAAUUUUUUGGUUUAAGUAGGCUACAGUGAAUACAUGUUUUAUUAACAAUACUAAAUGCUACAACUUAAUGCUGGGUUUACAAACAUUUGUAUAGUAUAUGUUUAGACAACAAUAACACACCUAAAACGGCUAAAAACCAUUAGUAGGCUUUUUACCUUUUCUCCACAAUGAAUACUGCAUGCUGUAAACUAUGUCAUUUGAAAUUUUGAGGUGCAAAACUAAGUCAAAUCAAGAAAUAUAACAAAGUAGUCCAACAAAUAAAGCAUGAAGUAAACAACUUUCCACAUAAAAUUAUACUUGUUGCUGCCAAUUGUAAAAUAUCUUUAAGGGAGGAGCAUGUUAGAAAAGUUAUUAAUGUAAGUAUGCGUGAGUAAAACCAAAUCUGAAAUGGAUAAUUUAAUUUGCAGUUCUUGAACACAGAUCAAAUGAUUGAUAAUACUUAUUUUAUGUAUUUUACUACUCACUAAAAAGGUCCUUUUUUUAUGUGUCGUCUCACUGCUGAGCAAAGAAGGGCUUUCAGAGGCUAUUAUGGUGAUUACAAUUUGAAAACAUAUUUAAGGUGCAUGUAAAAAUGGAAUAAUAAUAUGACAUUUUGGCGUGGACAUUCUGGUGAUUGCGAAUCUUCUUUAAAUUAUUUGACUACAGUUUGAAUGUUUCAUCCAAGUUUAUAAUGCUAUGAAUAUUAAUUUGAACUGUCAAAAUAAAUUGAUAUUAGAUUACAGCCCUUAAGCACAUUAUUUUUGUUUUGCCCAUAUGCCAUGUAUUUCUCAUUGAACCUGUAAAAUGGUAUGAAGUAGUGAUGGGGGUUUUUGUCGUUAUGAGUUUGCAUAUUCAUCAAUAUGUUUACUACCCAUAGAAUUACUAGUUACAUUUAUUAAGAUUAUGCCUGAAAGAAAUUCUUUAGGUGGACGAAAACUGUUAACGGUUAACCUGCAUGAAAUACUUACGCUGUAUAAUAGUGAGCAGUCAUAUCAGUCUGAA